AUGGGUGGUUACGGCGAGAACAAACCGCACCGAGAGCUGUCAACCGAUUUCAUGACAGCCAAUCGCUUCUCCCUGCUCACUCAGGAGUUCCAACAGGUUCUGGAGAGGAGGGAAUCGCCAGGCAGAACGGCGACUGCUCGUACCCUAGGUCCGCCGGGUCCAGCAGUUCCUUUCGCGUUUUCGACGGCGUUGCCAAAGACAUACGUCAAACACAUGCCAAAAUCCCGGUCUGAUAGGACCUUGGUGAAGGAAAUCAUUGCCUUCGCCAAUCUCAAGGAUAUCCACGGAAAGCGGCUAGCCAAUGCAGGCUUCUGGGUCAGCAAACAAACGACCGCCUCCUCCUCCUGGCGGCAGACUUAA